AUGGCCAUGACAUCCAUAUCUCGGCCCUGCCCCAUGGUGGCAGGUGUGGCAGGCCCACUUCUGCGCCGCCUGCCAAGGCCUACCUCCCAUCGAUGCUCCAGAGUCAUGGCAUCCGCAGCAGAACAUGCCCAGAAGUUCCCUCCCGAGUUCCCCAACGCCAUCCUGCCGCCCUCCCCAGGCUGCGGCUUCAUGAAGGCUCCACCCAAGCAGUCGCUGGUGGACGCUGGGAUGGCGCACACCGCCAAGGCAUGGGUGCUGAACUCGGUGGAGUUUGUGCACUGGCUGUCGUUUGUGCCAGGCAUCGCCGUGGCAUGGAUGAUGUUUCAGUACAUGGGGGCCAUCGCUGCAGUUCAGGUGCUGGGCAAACAGAUCGGCACACUGGGGGUGUUUAUCAUGAUGAUCGGUCACCUCACACAGGUUUAUGGCGCUGGCUUAUGCGGCAACAUGAACCAUGACUACGAAGGCUGGCAAGUGGCGCCCUUCCGCUCGCCACUGCCCAUUCCCAAUCAGGACAACCCCCCCCAGCACGCCACCUCCUUCAACAACGGCUGGCUGCGCACCGUCACCUACCACUACCUCCUGGGCACCUACACCAUGGGCAUGGCCCUCUUCAGCGCCGCCGCCCUGGCCUUCCGCCCCGCGGCCCUCGCCUGCGCCGGCCUCACCGCAGCGGUCGUCUUCCUCGCUCCCAAGCAGCCCCUGAUCACGCGCAAGGACGGCGAGGUCCCCGUGCUGCCAAUUUCCAAGUGGAUGUUCGGCAUCCUUGGUGCCAACGCCGUCCUCAACUUGGCGUGCAUCGGACUCAUUUUCUCACCAAGGCUGCUGCAUCUGGUGACGCCUUAUAUAGGGAGCGAUCUGUUGGCCAAGGUGCUGGCGGGCGCCCUGGGUGCAGGGCCGCUGCUGUUUUUCGCUGCUGCGGGCGUGCUCGAGGGCGUCAAGGCAGAGGGGACGUUCAACCAAUACUGGCACCUGGCAGCGUUCGUGAGCGUCAACGUGGGCUUCGUGCUCAUGGCGCUGCUGUACAAGUACGUGUUCGGGUGCUGA